GUUUACAUCAUUCUAAUGGGUGUCAUCGCUGCAUCACAGUCGACAUGAUCGGCUCAGAGUUUAUUGAUUACCUCUCCAAGUUUCAGGUUGCCACUUAUGUUGGUGUUGAGGAUUUUGCGGACAAAUUUAAUUUCAUCAUAACAGUUAUGAUUUUAAUGCUUUGUGCCACAAUUGUUACCGUGAAACAAUAUAUGAUGAAGCCAAUUUCAUGUUAUAUGGCAACAGAUUUAGGCGGGAAAAAUCUAUUGGAUUAUGUAGAAAACUACUGUUGGGUCCAGGGUACAGUCCCUAUCACAUAUUCAGGAAAAGUACCAGAAACAGAUGAAGGCUGGGAGGAAUUAGAAAAACACAAACUACUUUAUUAUCAAUGGGUGCCAUUUGUACUUGGUCUACAGUGUAUUAUGUUUUAUCUACCUCGAUUAAUUUGGCAAAUGAUAUGCUACAAUAGAGUUGGAACAGAUGUACAACAUUUAGUGCUUAGCGCUAAUCAAGCAGUACACGCUAAUGAAGAACAAAGAACUAAAAUGGUACAACAUUUGGCAAAGACAUUAGAACAAUUAUUAUUUCAGCAACGUGAAUAUCGUAGUGGAUUAUGGCCUAGUGUUCGACGUCGUAUGUGUAAAUGGGGAUAUUUAUUUCUAGUUAGUAAACGUUUAGGAACACGAUUAUUUGGUACAUAUUUAUUUAUAAAAUUUCUUUAUUUAUUAAAUGCUAUUGGACAAAUAUUUAUGAUGCAAUCAUUUCUUGGUUUAAAAACAGACAAUUACACCCUAUUCGGUAUUGCUAUAUCAAAAAAUAUUUUAGCCGGUUUAGAUUGGGAAGUGACUAUGAUAUUUCCACGUGUUGGUUUUUGUCUAGUCCCAUUGAAGCAUAUUGGAUCAAAUAAUUAUGCUACAGCUCAAUGUGUAUUACCAGUGAAUAUGUUAAAUGAACGUAUUUAUAUGUUUCUAUGGUUUUGGAUUGUAUUGGCGGCAACUAUAACAGCUAUCAGUAUACCAACAUGGUUUACACGUAUGAGUUAUGAAAAAUCAAGAACACAUUUUAUUAAAAAAUAUUUAAAACUUGGUGAACAAGUAACUAAAAAAGAUAAAUAUAUGAUUGAAAAAUUUACACAAUUAUUUUUACGUAAUGAUGGUGUUUUUCUGCUACGUAUGAUUGCUAUUAAUGCUGGUGAAUUAAUAUGUUCAGAGAUUAUAUGUCAACUGUGGCAUACAUUUUGUGAAAAAUACUUUUAUCGGGAUUUAACACGUAAGCGGAAUCGUAGACUUAUACCACAUUUACACUUGAAACGUGGUAUUAUUGGCCUUAAAGAUAAAGCAGAUUGUAAAGAGAGAAAAUAUCCACCAGUUGAAUCAACAACAGCCACUGCACCACCAUCUCAUCUUGUCCUGUCGUCUGAUGCACCUAUCGAUACACCGGAUACAGACGAAGAUGGUUAUUCACGUGAUGAUGAAGACGAGGAUGAUUUAAAGCAUCAUUUAAAGAAAAAGUAUACAGGAGAGCGUAAAGAAAUUGUUUAAGGCUAUAUUUUUAUGCUUGAAAAAUUAUAAUUUAUAUUGAGUACAAUUCAAGAUGAGAUAUUCAAACUACCCAGUUUUUAUAUAUGUAUAUAUAUAUAUAUACACUGUGGACAAAUGCCCAUCAUAGAUGAAUAAACCUUUUAUAAUGAAUUCCUUUUCCAGUGAACAUUAUUCCGAUUGUAUCAAAUUUACAAUUCGUUGUUUUGUUUUGUUUUUCUAAAAUUAUUUGUUAAUCAAUAUUAUGAAGAGUUUUCAAUGAAAGUCUGUUUAACUAACCAACCAGUUAACUGACUAACAGCUGUCUUUCUUAUCCUCUUUCCAACUAUCCAACUAGACAAGAAGCGCAUGUGUAUUAAAUUAAUUUCAUACUUAUUAAGUUGUCUUUUCGUUUAUUUUUGGUUGUUUUUUUACAAUUUAUUGAUUAUCUUUUACACUCAGUCAGGGAGAUUAUGCAUUUAUUCAUAAUUUUUAUCAUAUCAUUUAUAUAAAUGUAUAUACUUACGCAUAUCUUUGUAUUUUUA